UCUCUCUCUCUCUCUUUCCUCAUUUAGACGCGAUAAGCCCCUCUCUUAUUUUCUCCCAAUUCCUUGCCGGCCGGCUGCGGUGUGCACGCUGCUGAUAACUUCUAUCCCCGCACUACAGACUCAUCAAACCCGUCAAUACUCAAACAAAACGGAGAAGGUUGCAUGUCAGUGAGCACGAUCGCCCUUAGUUUCUUAAGCUGGUCAGGGGACCCGAGUGUAAACUGGGGAGGAGUUCAGAGGCCCAGUGUACGUGUCUUUUUUUUUAAGUCCAUGAGAAACACAGUCUUGAAAAGGUACACAUCACCAAACGCCACUUUGCAUUGGUGUCACAGAGAAAGACAGGGCACGAGUGCAAGCAUAAAAGACAAUGGGAAGCAUCGCUCGGGAAGUGCCGGUAAAUCCGGCUGAAGGUGAUAGCGAGUGUAACUUCAGAACCCUGCCUGAUACUGGUCAUGUGGAUUUACGAACUUUGAAACGGGAUUAUCACCACAGGGUGUUUGUUAACCGAAGUCUGACUCUGGAAAAAAUCAAAUGCUAUGGAUUUGACAUGGAUUACACAAUAGCAGUGUACAAGUCACCUGAUUACGAAGAACUUUGCUUUGAGCUGCUUCUAGACCGUCUUGUGUCAAUUGGAUAUCCUCAUGAAAUUCUGGAGUACAAAUAUGACCCCAGUUUUCCAACCAGGGGAUUGGUGUUUGACACUCUCUAUGGGAACCUGCUGAAAGUGGACGCCCAUGGGAACAUCUUGGUGUGCACACAUGGCUUCCGUUUCCUCAAAGGACAAGAGAUUCGGGACUAUUAUCCCAAUAAGUUCAUCCAGAGAGAUAACACAGAUCGAUUCUACAUCCUUAAUACUCUCUUCAACCUCUCAGAAACCUACCUCUAUGCUUGCCUUGUGAACUUCUUCACCAACUGCUCCAGAUAUGUCAAUCACUCUAAAGGAUUUAAACAUGGAGAUCUGUUCAUGUCCUUUUGCAGUAUGUUCCAAGAUGUCAGAGAUGCUAUGAACUACCUACAUGACUCUAACAUCUUGAAAGAAAAGACAGCAGAAGACCUGAACCGGUACCUUAUUAAAGAUCCCCGCCUGCCUCUUUUGCUUAGUCGCAUGAAAGAAGUUGCAAAAGUCUUUCUGGCAACCAAUAGUGAUUACUCCUACACAAAUGCCAUUAUGAAUUUCCUGUUUGACCAUCCAGACUCAUCAAAUGCUGAUGUUCCCAAAACAUCCUGGAUGUCAUACUUUGAUCUCAUUGUUGUGGAUGCAAGGAAGCCACUGUUUUUUGGGGAAGGGACUGUACUGCGACAGGUAGACACGUAUACUGGGAAACUGCGCAUUGGAAUGUACACCGGGGGUCUGGAACAUGGCACAGUGUAUUCUGGAGGCUCUUCAGAUAUUAUUUGUGACCUGCUGGGAAUGAAGGGUAAAGAUAUUUUGUAUGUGGGUGAUCACAUUUUUGGAGACAUCCUCAAAUCUAAGAAACGACAAGGCUGGAAGACUUGCUUAAUAGUUCCUGAACUAGCCAAGGAGCUUCAAGUAUGGGCUGAGAAGAGCAGAGAGACCAGUCCAGCAAUUGCUCAGAGCUCCUGUUUAGGUCUUCAGUGUCUUUCCCAUUACAGUUCACCAUUCACUCUACUAAAGUUCUCAUGUGUAUUUGAAGAACUAAAGAAUCUGGACAUUUACUUGGCUGAGCUUUAUAAGAAUCUGGACAGCAGCAGCAGAAAUUGUCCAAACAUCAGCAAUAUACAGGACCAAAUAAAGAAAGUGACCCAUGAAAUGGACAUGUGCUAUGGAAAGAUGGGCAGUCUGUUGCGCUGUGGCUCUCGUCAGACAUUGUUUGCCAGCCAGAUCAUGCGAUAUGCAGAUUUGUACGCCGCUUCCUGCCUCAAUCUCCUCUACUACCCAUUCAGCUAUCUUUUCCGAGCACCCCCUGUGUUGAUGCCACAUGAGUCUACUGUUGACCACUUCCCUUUGGACUUAACCAUGACUCCAACCGAUCACAUAGUCUGUCUUGCAGCAGAGAAGCAGAACCAAAAUGAACAAGAAAGCAGUGAGGAAGAGAAAUAAGGCAUGUCAAGACAAAGACAAACUGAAAAAAACAACACAAAUGUUAAAAUAACCGGCAAACAGAAAUCCUCCCUUUUCCAAAGAGUCCUACUUUAUUUGUCUUUUGGCUUUCUCCUCAGCAUUAUGGAUUGAUGUAGACCAUUCAGCAAAUACUUGAUCACCAGCAUUUCAGCUAAGGAAGAUGAAUUUCAGUAUGAAUUUUAUUUCUAAAGACAGACUAUUUCAAGCUUUUACCACCCAGUCUGCCAUUUUUCUGAAUCAGAAAUGGCAGAAUCUUUAAUCCGGUUUACAACAAACAUGUUUCAUUUUUUCUUGGUUAACACAGCUACACUCACUCAGGCAGAUUACACUGCAGGUAGGCAGCGAGUUUGCCUUGUUAGGACUACUCAUGAUGAUCACUAACUGGAGUGUGCCUUCGUAUCUUCAAAGUGGGCUUGCACCCUCUCCAAAUUCGUUUCUGGCUCCGUGUCUCAUAUUGUCAGGAUGGACUUCAGUCCUCUGCGGCAUUAAAACUGGAAUCAGUGGAGAUACUAAAUGAACUGGACAGAUGAAUAGAGCGAUAUUUUCCAGAACUUAAUAGACUUACUCAUGCAUCUUGAAAAUGCAAUGAAUUGAUAUGCUGAAGAAUUAACUAGAAUUAAUUAACUAGAAAGUCAGUUACCGUACAUGUAGACUUUCACUGUUACUCUAGUUCAGUUGUGCACCUCCAUUACAUUUAACAGUUAUUUUAAGCCACGUUCACAAGUGGUGACUUUCAGACUUGUUCUUUAUUUAUUCAGAGCUGUGUUUGUCAGUAGUGAAUCUGUCAAAAACAAGAAAUGCAACAUAACAUACUGUACAAUAGUUGCUUUUGUGUUUAGUAAAAAAAAAAUAGUGUUGCUGCCACGCAGUCCCUGGGCUUGAACCCCAUUGUGGUCACUUUCAACGUGGAGUUCAUGCCAGUGUAGGUUUGCUUACUCCAGUUUUCCUCUUCCAAAGACUGAUAACACCUUCCAGGAUUUUGCCCUGCCUUGUGCCCGAUGCUGGCAUGACAGUCUCCAAUACUCCAUGGCCCCAUAAUUAGAAAGGUUUAGAAAUGUACUGACUGAAUGAAUGAUAAUAAAGUGAACACAUUUGUGAAUUAAGAGGGGGAAUAAACUAUCAAAAGUGAAUGAAUAGUUUUAACAAUUUUAGCUUUCUUCGUAAGAACAGUCUGACUGAAAAUAUUGAGCUCAGCUAUCGUUAUACAGUGUAAGUUUAAGGGUUUUUUGUGUUUUUUUUUUUUUAAAGUAAUGUGGUUAACCUUUCACUUACUAAGAUAUCAAACUUGGCUAACAUUUAGGUCAUCGGUGUUUAUUGAGAUUCCUAAACCAGGGCAAUGAUGCAAAAAAGAAGAAAUUGAUUAAAUUCCCAAGGCAGAAGCAAUUAAACUAAACAAUGAUAAAAUCCAUGAAUGCCUAAAAUGUUUACAUUCUUAUGCCCAAUCUUGACUUUCUGCCUUUAGCAUUUAGCCCAUUGCAGUCUCCAUGUUAAGAUUAGGGGUCUUUUGAACAUGGUGCUGUGUUUGUGCGUAUUGUUAUAUCGAAAAUAUAAUUGAAUAAAAUAUUAGACAUACCAUGAGAGCACUCCAGUUGGUAAAAACCCUGGUUGUAAAGCACUAUUGGUGCAUGAAAUGAAUCCAACAAAUAAAAAGUGUGUUCAGGUGCACCACGUGUGGUAUUGAAAGGACAGGAGGAGCUGUUUAGAUUAGAGUACACAGAAUUAAAGAAAGGAAUCAAAUGAAACUUCAAGUACUGCAGCUAAACCCGUACUUCUAAAGGGGCCUCUGCUGAGGCAGCUGGAAAGUGCCUACCUAUAUGGUCCUCUGGCCUUACGCGUGGACUUUUGCGACCUUUUGACUUGGAUCUCUGCUAUGCACGUGUAAAACAAACAGCACAAUGCUCCAAAGUCUAUUGUGGGAUAAGCAAAGACAGGCUGAGUUGUCUGGAGCCUUUUAUUAUUAUCUGAGGAGUGACAGAUUAGCUGCUUCUGCCUCGUUUUAUGUAUUCAGUUAUCCUAAAGUGCUAACUAAGAUUCUAAAGAAUUUAUAGGUGCAUAGUGAUAUUGGUAUAUUUUUACAAUGUUAAAUGUCUACUGCAGUUGUGUGUUUUAUUAGUCUUUUCAAAUUAUUUACUGAUGUUUUUCUUUAUCAUUGUAUAUAUUUCCUAAAUCUACUUUUGAAUAAAAUGUUUUACCUGGA